ACACUUAACGGAAAUGCAUCUAUUACUCCUUCUCUCAAGUUCUUUUCUCAUUCAAGCAGCAGUGGUGAAAGAAAAAUGUGAUGGCGUUACUAUUAACGAACUUUACCACGAAAAGGAAGUCCUCAAAACAGACAUCGAUAGACCAUACUUAAUGACUGUAGAUUACAGCACUAAUACCUUAUACUUCAGCUAUAGUAUUAACAAAGACGACGAUGUAUUCAAAACAGCAUUUAUCAAUCUAAAUACUAAAGAAUUUGGUGAAGUAGCCGGUGUGUAUAACGGCUUUGCUCAAACAGUAGAUCAGAAAAACCAUGAAGUUUAUAUAGGUGGUAGUGGAGGUAUAUACAAAUAUAAUCACUUGUCGAAGAAAGCAGAAUUCGUUGGAGAAGCUGACGCCAAUAUAUGGACUCUAUAUUUCAAAGACAUUUUAUACUAUUCAGACUUUCCUAGACAGUUCCUUUACACGCUCAUAGAUGGUACUUCUACGAGGUUUAAGGAUUUAGAAGACACUAAAGUUGAUCAUUUCAUAAUUGAUAAUGAAGAUAUACUAUUCUAUACAAAUGCUACUGGUUUAUACGGACAAAAGAAAGGUACGAAAGACGCAGUUUUAUACAAAGAGACUCAAAUUGAUGGUGUGCGUGGUUUGACAACAGAUAUUAAUGGAAAUGCUUAUGUUUGUAUGAUGGAUGGUGUUUAUAAAGUUAAUAAAGAAGUAGUCAGUCUAGAUAAAGUGUUGGCAGUUGAUGAUGCGUUCGGCCUUGCGUUUGAUAAUGAAAAUCAUAUGAUUUAUUCCGAUGCGACGAGUCUGGUUAGACUGAAACCUAAUAAAAAUAACAAUUGUUCGGAUUAAGGGUUGUAACUGUAAGCUGUGAUUGUAAAUAUAUUAAUUGAUUUUA